ACAAAGUUUUCAAGAUUUUUGUGGCUAAUGCUAAGAGAAAACGGAACGAGACGAUGAAUUAAAAUUAGUAUAUUUUGUUUUUAUUUUACAAGAACAAAAUGCCACCAAGCUAGUAUAUAUCUUAGGACCAUGGCCGGAUUGGUUACUUUGUAGCUUUUACGUUUAAAAGACCUCUGCGACUUUACGUCUCUCGGCUAACCACCUGUUGAUUAGCGACCGCCGUUUGUUUACAUUUAGCGUGCUGACAUGUUACCAUCGCUUUGUCAAUCAUAUAUUGUUUGUUCUUGAAAGUGUUCAACAAAUACCGUUAUGGACAAUUUUUUUUUUUUUUUUGCAUUUGUGUAUUCGGUAUUAAACCCAACGGAUUGGAGCAGUUGACCCCUUACUCCUGUAAAAGUUGUUCAUCACUGAGCUGGUUGCAUGUAACUACAUCCAAUGAAGAUGAUUCAACAGUCCAGACAGCCUAAUGAAAUUCCCUGGACGUGAGGGACAACAGCUGGGUAGCAAUUAAUGUUUUAUACGUUUGUAUCAGUCCAUUUCAAUUCAUGCCGUCCAUGAGAUGGAGUCUGUUUCUGUGAGGCGGAAGAUGGGUUAUGCACGACAAGAAAAUGCCCGUUUGGCCAUGGAUGAUGUCCAACUCAUCAGUGACCUUGACACGACACCAUAUGAACUCCUAUCCUCCAGCUCUCAGGGACACCUGCGAGGCUCCAGGAUGGUAUCUGCAAACAAUCUGUCAAUUGUGAAUGAGCAGAUUUGUCAUCUUGAAACAGAGGUGGAGACCAAAGCAAAAGAACUAAAGGCAGCAGAGCUGAUAGCAAAGCGUUGCCAGGAGGAAGCAGCUCACAGUGACAUUAUGGUAACAACUUUGACAGAGAAACUAAGCACACUUAGGGAAGAACUGGACAGCAAGACCGCUCUGUGCAAAAGGGCGGAGCAGCAAAGAAACCAAGCCCUUGAAAAUGCAGAGAAACUCAAAGCCGCUUUCAAAGAGUACAAGGCCACUGUUGACAUUAAAUUUCAAAAGGUGAUGGAGAAUGAAAUACAAUCAAAAGAGAAUCUGAUUGAAUCUCUGCGAGAAAAAGAAGAUUUACAACGAAAGUGUACUGAGCUGGAAAAAGAGAAAGCCGAUCAGAGUCAUACAAUCAGCCAGCUAAAGGAGGAAGCGAGGCAGGGAAAGAAUUCAGCUGCCGAGCAUUCCGACCUCAAGGCCCAGCUGGAGGAUGCCAGAAGGCGGAGUUCGGAACUUCAGAGUCAGCUGACGGACCGCAACGCAGAAUGCAGGGAGCUGGAUUCUUUGCGCAAGGAACUGGAAGACCUGCGCACUUUGACCAAGAACCAGGAGCUGGGCCUAGCCCAGAGCCACCGUGCAGCUCAGCAGAGCCAAGCAGAGACCGCCAGCCUGGAGGCCAUAUUAUCCCUGCUUCAUCUCCGAGAGGAUGCUGUGGGACCGUUGUGUGUGAGGCCUUGCAUCCUGCCCCCGGUAGACUAUUCCAGAACUGCACAGAUGAUGAAGCUUUUACCUGGUGAAGGUUACCAGCAACUGUUACAAGUUCUUCAGUUAAAGGAGGCCGAGCGAACUAAACAAUGCAGCCAGGUCGAGAAGCUUCGAGACUGUGUGAGCCGAGCCCAAGAGGAGAUUUCCUCCCUACGGGCCUCUUUGGCCCAAAGAGCUUCCCACUACCAGAACCUCCAGACGGAGGUGAUUGACAAAGCUAAUCGAGCCACAGCCUCGGAGAAAGAAUUGAAGAGGAAGAGCGCCCGAGUUUCUGCGCUGGAAAAACAGUUGCAGGAGAAAACGGCAGCCUACACUCAGGCUGCAAUGAAGAAUACAGAGUUGGAAAAACAGCUGCAGGAAAAGAGCUGUGCACUACAACACUUUCAAACACUGAUGAGCAAAAAGCAAAGAGAGUAUCAGCAAUCUUUGGAGAAGACUCAACAGUCACAAAGUCAGCAAUGCACCGCACAGCAGCACAGAAUUGAGAUGCUACAGCGAACUGUGGAAGAAGCUCGUUCUCAGGUAAUGGCAAUGGAGCAGGAGCUGACUUCUCUCCAGAGAGAAAAGGACGAAGCUCGGGCUAUGGCUUUACAGCUCCAGACCUCCGUAGAACACCUCACACAGGAGAAGCAGAUUGAAGCAAGACACAAUGAAGAGUUGCUCCAGAGUUUAAAAAAGCAGUCAGCCGAGUCUGCCACCAAGGAGUGUGAGCUCCAGUCUUCUCUGUCAGCCUGCCGAGAGGAGCUGACGUGGCAUCUUCAGCAGAUGGAGGAGAUGAAGAAAAAUUAUGAAUCCAAGCUGCAGAGAUCUAAAGACGAGGCGUUUUCACAGCAGGAAAAGAUUCACGGUAUCACUCGGGUGGCUCAAAGCUCCAGUGAGCAAAACAUGCAGCUUCAGCUGUCUCUGCAGCAGCAGCAGACGAUGCUGACUGAUAGCUCGACCCGGAUGGCAGAACUGGAGGAGAGCCAAAGUCAGUUGCAGCAACAGGUAUCCACUCUGGAGCAUCAACUGGAACGAACUCGAGCAUCUCUGCAGGAUGAGGUGAGGACCAGACGGGAAGGCGAUGCAGAGAAAGACAAGGACCUCCAUGACAUGAAGGAGAAGAACAUCAAACUGUCCGAGAUGCUCAACCAAGUGUCGACAGAUGUGAAAAGCUACCAAGUGGAACUCAUGUCUAAAGAGUCAGAGCUGGAGCGUCUGCGGAAGGAUGUUACCAUCAAGACGUCUCAGAUCAGCAUCAUGGACAAGAAUCUGCAGGAAACAACGAGUCUGCUCGAAAACAAGAAUGAUCUGGUGGUGGACCUGGAAGAGAAGCUCCAUCGCUGCGAGGCUGACAAGCACAACUGCGUCCAGAGGGUCCAGCUCCUAGACAGCCAGCUCCAGAUUGUGCGAAAGGAGCUGGCCGAGACUCUGACCCAGCUCCAGUUGCUCAAGGAUGUCCUGCAGAGGACCCAAACCAUUGCCGACGAGCGGCAAGUGGAGGUGGAAAAACUGAGCAUACGGCUUAGUGAGGCCCAGCGGGAGUUGGAAGAGAGGACUCAUGAGGUUUUAGAUAUGGACGGUGUCCUGAAGGAAAGACAGGGGGAGCUCCAGCGGAGGGCAACGCUGCUGGGCCAAUUGGAUGUGGCCAUCCGAGAGCACAAGCAGGAAAUGGAGAUCAAGGUGAAGGCACUGGAGCACAGUCUGGCGGCCAGAGAGGAAGAACUGAGAGAUGCCCAGAGGGAACUUGAGGAAACAAAGGACACCCAUCAACAUAGACUUCAGGCCUUAGUGCAGGAGCUUGAAAAAGCGCAGUGUCACUGUGAAGCUCUCAGGUCACAACUGGACGCCAUCAAGCUGCAGGAGAAGGAGCUGGACGUCAGACUGCGUCAUGCGGAGGAAGAGCUGGCCGUGAAGGAGACACGCUGGCACCAGUCAGAGGCCAAGUUGCAGAACGUUGUCGCUUCUCUUGAGCGCGAGCUGGAUCUGGAGCGGGAUCAACACAACAACGAGCUGGAGUCCUUGCAACAGACCCGAGGUCAGCUCCUCAAAGUGUCUUCGCAGAUGUCAUCCUCGCAGGAGAAGCUUGCCUCUAAACUCCAGCAGCAGGAGAUACAGCUGGAACAAAGUAAGGUGGAGCUGGACCUCACCAAAGCCCAAGCCAGUCAUCUCCAGACUCAAUUAGAGCAGAGCCAGAACAAGCUCCUGCAGACCGAGCGUCAACUGGCGAGGACUCGUAAUUUGUACGAGAAAAUCUCGGCUCAGAACAGCCAGCUCCAAAACCAGCUGGAGCUGCUUCGUGCUCAGUUGAAAGAAACCAGGGUCCAAGGUUCUUGGCUCCAAACUCAGCCGGAUUCCUCUCAGAGGUCCAUAGAGACCAACAGUGAGUCCCUGCUCAGCAAGGAGUUUGAGGUGACUCGUCUCCAAGCCAAGAUCUCUAGUGUGGAGCAAGCAGCUGAACGUCAAAAUCCUUCUGUCUACAAUCCCCUCAGCUCCGUGUCAUCUGUCCAUCCUUUAUUACACCCUCAAGAGGACUCCUCAUCAUCUCACUGCCCUUCUUCCUCUCCUGAGAUGCGUCCGGCCAAUUGCAUCUCCCCACCACACUCACCCUCAACUUCCCUUCCCUGCCAAGCUAAAACCUCCCCUCCAUCUGAUGCGGGCCUUCAGCUGCUGCUCCAGAGUUGCAGCAAGGAUCUGUCCCUGGAUCUCCCUCCGAGUCUCAAGACUACACUGAAGGAGGCGCUGAGUCAGCAGCCGUGGUCGUCCUCAUGCUCAGACACGAUAGACCUAAGCUGGCAGGGACUCGGCAGCACCGAACCGCCGUCGAGCUCCGAGCUCUCCUUCGACCCCCUCACCUACGAGGUGGGCGAAACGAUCUCCAGCACGGAGCGAACUGUGACUGAGGAGGAAGAUGAUGAACGGGUUGGGCCGGACACCCCGAGAAACCACACGAGCUCAUUGGCAGAAAUGUUGCGGUUCGUCAAUCAGGCAUUAGCCAAUCAGAAGGAUCCGUCCUUGUGGAGCUCGCCGGAGUCUUCGGAGAGUGGACGUAGCCUUCAGAUGGAUGGCAAGGAGGCAUGAAAAGCAUCGGCGAGGAGAAGUCUUGUUUACGUCGUCGUCUUCCCCAUCCUCAACAGGUCUUUGUGUUCCUUUUAAUGUAACUUAUUAAGUCCAAGUGCUGUUGUUGCUGUUUCUGGCAACGACCUCAAAUGUGUUUUAUUGUCCAGUUAAACAAGUUACAGCCUGUGAAUGUUGUCUAAAUACAACGUGUGUGUGCUCCCUGUCAAAUUUCUUUCUCAAGUCUAUUCAUAGUUUUCAUUUUUGAUACUUGAAUAAAUGUUUUUUGUUACCACUGUUA